UCACAGUCUUGCUCAUUAUUCUCACUGCUGAAUGUAGGCCUAUCUGAAUCAAGACAGUUAUUCCGGUGCUGUAGAGUAGGUCCCUAUACUCACAGGUUUAGGGUUUUUGGGGAAUUGAAAAUGGAUUGAACAAUGUUAUUUUAUUGGGUAGAUAUAACUUUGGGAUGAAAAUGGUAACUUUGUCUUUUUACAUAUUUUGUACCACACCUGCAAAAACUUAAAACUAUAUGGGUCUCUGGUGUGCCUUGAAGUCACUGGCUGUUGUCCGACUCUCAGCCACUCAUACCAGUCGCAAGAAAUCUUAAAGUGAUCUGUUGAGGUUAAAUAACACCAGUUUGCUGUAUGUCAAUUGUGUCGAUCUCGGUCAUAACCGCAAGGCUGUAAUUGUAACCUGACUGAGCUUAACUCAGGGACAAAGGCUCAAGCGGACUUGAUAUCACCAUAGAUAGACCGUGAGAUACACUCACUUGGCAUGGGCUUUCCACCACGUUGUUCGUUAAUCGACGGAUUGUAGGACCCAGCGAGAAUCCAUUGGGGAGCGGACGAUUCAUGAAAGUUGGCUGUACAGUAUAAUACGACUAUGACAGUAUUUCAGCAUUCUGAGGGACUUAUUUCCCUACGAUCGUUUUACUUCUUAUCAUUAUUACGAGUCACAACCAGUAAACCUUCUCGAAAGUGAAAGCCGGAGAAAGCUAUUACACCUACUAACUCCAGUCGGUCGGCAUUUGCCAAGCUUCUGUCCACACAGUGCGGAAGGGUGUACGAGAAGGAUGUCAGCAUUCAUUUGGAACGUAGGGGGCUUGGCAUGUGAGUGAGAUGCCAGAGUAUUGUACAUUUAUAGUGUAUUACAGGCAGUUAGGCGUGUACCUUUGAUAUUCGAGUCUCUCGUACGACAUAGUAUGAUGCUUACCAACAGUAGCUAUAAACAGCGAAGACAGGAGUAGACAGCAUUUAAACCGACAGAGCAAGCUGUCAACUGAGCGUCCCCCCGCCCCCCAAACAGUGGUCCAGGACGGUCUGACACGAUGCAGAGCAGAAGGGAUUGAUAAGACAGCCGGGGGUUGUUUUCAUCUUCCACUGAUCUCACGGGAUCUUGCAGGGUGUUAAUGUGAGAGGACAACAUCCACUUGCUGCCUCUUCCUUCCCGCCGUGUGAUUCGCCAUGGCGAUGAGCAGUGACCCCGGUUGCCGGGGGCCAGAGCCGGAACAGGGCGCCGCCGAGCUCACCGACAGGGUGGCCGCCAUCACCAUGGCAGCCGGCGACACCACGGGCACAUCUGGGGCAUCUGGCGCCUCCAACGGUGUGAAAAACGGGGCCGUGGUGAAGAAGACCGUCGCCCAGCGGCUGCAGCUCUCAGGCAGGAAGAUGUCCCUGCAGGAGAGAGGCACCUACCCGUCCUCCGGCAGUGGAGGAGGAGGAGGAGGAGGAGGAGGAGGAGGAGGGCACUCUCACACAUCACCUCGAGUGGUCCGCCGUCCGACCAUCGAGUCCAAGCGUGUCUCCAUCUCUGACUCCCAGGACUGCAUGCGCUUGAACCAGUACAAGCUCCAGAGUGAGAUAGGCAAGGGCUCCUAUGGGGUAGUGAAACUAGCCUACAAUGAGGACGACGAUAAGUAUUAUGCAAUGAAAGUGACGUCGAAGAAGAAGCUGAUGAAACAAUGCGGAUUCCCCCGCCGCCCACCUCCUCGAGGCCCAAAAGCAGCCCAGGGGGUGCAGCCCAAAGUUAUGGGACCACUGGAGCGGGUCUACCAGGAGAUCGCCAUCCUCAAGAAACUGGACCACCUCAACAUAGUCAAGCUCGUGGAGGUUCUUGAUGACCCGACGGAGGACAGCCUACACAUGGUGUUUGAGCUGAUGCAGAAGGGGCCAGUGAUGGAAGUACCCACGGACAGCCCUUUCACUGAAGAUCAGACGCGUCUCUAUUUUAGGGACAUGGUCCUCGGCAUCGAGUACCUGCACUACCAGAAGAUCGUCCACCGGGACAUCAAGCCGUCCAACCUGCUCCUGGGCGACGACGGCCACGUGAAGAUUGCCGACUUCGGCGUCAGCAACCAGUUCGAGGGCAACGACGCGCUGCUGUCCAGUACCGCCGGCACGCCGGCCUUCAUGGCCCCCGAGACACUCUCGGACGUGCGCAAGAGCUUCAGUGGGAAGGCGCUGGACGUGUGGGCCAUGGGAGUGACGCUCUACUGUUUCGCCUUUGGGAAGUGUCCCUUCAUCGAUGAAUACAUCUUGGCUCUUCACAAUAAGAUCAGGACUAAGCUUGUGGAGUUUCCUGAAAUGCCAACCAUUAGUGAAGAGCUGAAAGACCUCAUUCUAACAAUGCUGGACAAGAACCCUGACACCAGGAUCACCAUACCAGAGAUCAAACUGGACCCCUGGCUGACGCAGAAUGGAACAGAUCCGCUGCCACUGGAGGAGGAGCACUGCUCUGCUGUGGAGGUGACUGAGGAGGAGGUGCAAAACUCCGUCAAGUGUGUGCCCAGCCUGUCUACUGUGAUCCUGGUGAAGUCCAUGCUCCGGAAGAGGUCCUUUGGGAACCCGUUUGAGUGGCCGAGCAGGAGGGAGGAGAGGUCCAUGUCCGCACCUGGAAGCCUGCUAAUGGACUGUUGGCCGUUUCGCCCCUCUCUAAAACGGCACCCCUCCUUAAGAAAGGGGAGCAGUGGGGAGGCGGGCCGUGAGACAGAGCUGGAGGACCUUCAUGAAGACGAGCCUCCCUCCGCCUGAGGGGCCCAUGGCUCAGCUUGCUCCAGUGGCCCCCAGGGCUGUGUGCAUGGCCCUCUGCCCCGAUUAAGACCCCUGCCCCAAAGAGCCGACCUUUACGCUACCCCACCCACCCCUGAAAAUAACAUUGCCUGACUCAUUGCUCUCGGAUAAGCGCAACAUUCAACCCAGGUUUGACCUUUGACACCCCUGCCACCAAGGAGUGCUUCUCAGCUGAAACCUCACUGCAGCUUCAGUGCUCUCCGAACUAAACCCAGUGAUGUCUCCUCAAAAAACCCCUUGGUGUAAAUCUCUUCUCCAACCAAAGCUAUGUAUUUCGUUUUUCAGAUAUUGCUACGUUACUGUCACUAUCAUCCGGAUUGUGAGAAGCUUUCCAGGCUAAGGUAUGUUCCAGCCCACACACCCAGCCUUCUGGCUAAUGACAGUGUGUCGCUAGCUGUUCUGGCCUUAGCCUAGUCCUCGAUUCUGUGGAAUUUCAACCCAAGCAUUCUUUGCUGAGAGAGUACAUUGCAGAUGGAAGGAAUGUUGUGGGGUCAUCUUGCUGAGUACUUGCUGAUCCAAAUCCAGCUACCUUCAUGAACACAAUGUUUAUACAUACCACACACACACACACACACAAGUACUGUCCAUACAUAAAAACAUGCAUACAUGUACUCAUACACAUACCUAAAUAUAUACAUACACACAUAUGUACAUACACAGCACAUGGACCAGUUACCCUUAUAAGCUAGCAGAGUUGCAUUCAUACAUUUGUUUCCACCCAGAGGAGGCGCUUGUGGAGAGCUGGUUUUGGGAGUGAGCUGAGAGCUGCUGACUUCAGCGCUGGAGCUCAAGUCUUGUUUAGAUCCAACCUGCACGUGUACAUUCCCUGAUGAGCCAUGCCUUCCUGUAGCCAGUCCCUCUGCCCCUGGAUCUGCCUCUGCUCUUCCUCACAUAUCAACAAUGGCCAAACUCUGAGAGAGAGAGAGAGAGAGAGAGAGAGAGAGAGAGAGAGAAUCAGUGGAGAGGCAAGUAGACUCCAGCCAGUCCCCCCCGUGGUCAGCUGGCAGGCAAAGGCAGGAAGGGUAGACUCCAGCGAUUGUGGGCCUGAGCGUCUGUCCCCGCGUGGGCUCUGUGUAUCUGUCACCUUAUCUGUGUCAGGAUGCGCUCUCGCUCUCGCUCUCUGCCGCAGAAACCAGCCAGCCACUCCAACACUACAUGCCAAUCAAAGUCGAGGCAGAAAGUGUGUGUGUGUGUGUGUGUGUGUGUGUGUGUGUGUGUGUGUGUGUGUGUGUGUGUGCGCGCGUGCAUCUCUACGGUUCACUUUGGUUUUCCCUAAGCUUUGUUGUGGAAAUGACAAUGAAAUGGAAAUGAAGAGGAGCUCAGUGGAUCUGUGGACUUGGUGUCAGAAAAUGAAGGCAGACUGCGCACUGUUCUGUUCUAUGUAAAUACUGUAUGUUAAUUAUGAUGCCCGUGUUUACUGUUUACUGUCUCUGUUUGUCUACCCGUGGCUUGACCAGCAGUGUCCAGCCUUAUGGCCACACACUUGUAUCUUCUCCCACAAUCAAAAUCUGUGGUGUUCCCAGGCUGUCAAAAUGCUGUGGAUAUGACUGUCUAUUUACAUAAGUAUAUUCCACGUUUCUUAUCACGGGGUCACAACAUCAGAUCAUAACUGUGGGAUCCCAAUGCCCAGGCAAGUUCUGCUUACUCAGCGUGGACACUCUAUAUAGGAAGGGUGAUGACAUUAUUACCAUGCCAACGGGGAACUGUCAGAGAACACCCAUUUAGGCAAACUGGAAGGCGUGGGAAAGUAACAGUCGUUUAUAGUGGGAGACCAAAAACAAACAAACAAACAGAAAGGACUUGUAAAGCACUGUGAAGCCAUUCAAGCAUGUGUGUUGUUUGUGUUUGUGUUUGUGUAAGAGUUGAACAUGGUAUUGACUGUGUGAGCAGAUGUAUGCCCACGCCCUUUCAUCCUCUCUCGUUUUCUAUAUAUCUCUCUGUCCAUCUACGUUUUUUUUUUUUUUUGCCC